UAACGCUCACCCUCCGAGGCUGUAGGUGGCGCAAACGUAGCCGCAAGGCAAGGACUCGGUCGUAAGUAACAAAGACCGGAGGAAUAGAACUCCGAUUUGGACUUUAGAUGGGUGAUGGAUUGCUUUUGUCUCAUGACGUAUUUUAACAGCGUCCGAUACGUUUUUCUGGCGACUUGGUUGGUGUGCCAUGGCGCCGGUAAGGCGGUUAGCCGAGUGGUCAACAGGGGAUUUGGGGAUGCAUAGCCAAGGAGUUUCUUCGGUCGGAUUCAAGAAUAAGAACGUGAAGCAGAGGACUUGGCGAUCUAAUCACCCGCAGGCCUUCGUGGGGAGCGUUCGCGAGGGACAAGGCUUUGCAUUCCGAAGAAAGCUGAAGAUUCAGCAAAAUUACAAGAAAUUGUUAUGGAAGGAAAAGAAGUCCCAAACCUCACAGGAAUCCCAGUUCACAGACCGAUACCCUGAGCAUCUGAAACAUCUUUAUUUAGCUGAAGAGAAAAGACUCAGGAAGCAACUUAGAAAAGUUGAACAGCCUUUGUCAGAAGAACAAGCUCAUCAGCCUUCGGGAAAGGAACAGUGUGACAUCGACCAAGCUUUGUCAGAAUACUGUAGUUUUGAGCAGCCUCGGUCAGCAGAACAGUGUAGCAUUAGAAUGAACUCCAUUACUGUUUCAAAGAAAAAUAAAAAGAAAACAUCGAAUCAAAAAGCACAGGAAGAAUAUGAACAAGUACAGGCUGAGCGUGCUGCUAAGAAACAAGAAUUUGAGAAGAGAAGACAAGAGAGAGAAGAAGCUCAGCGGGUCUAUAAAAAGAAGAAAAUGGAAGCAUUCAAAAUACUGAGCAAAAAGACUAAAAAGGGGCAGCCAAACUUUAAUUUACAAAUGGAGUAUCUUCUUAAAAAAAUACAAGGAAAAUAUUAAAUCAGAUAUUUUCUUAAUUAAGGAUGAAAAUAUCUGCCCUCUGAGUUCUUUUGUAUUUGUACUAUACCUCCUAACAGUUAACCAAAUUUGUUAACAUAAAAUAGACUGCAAAGCUGUACUAAGUAUAAAAUAUCCAAAUAUUUUUAUUCUUGUGAAAGAAAAUUUUCUUUGUAUGCUCUACAUAAUAUGUUUCUUAUGUAUUUGCCUUUGAAGGAAGGUGGCUCAAAGAACUGAAAGAGCUUCUCUAUUUGAACAUGUUUAAGCAUGUAAUAUUUUUAUGCCAUAUGAAAUUCAGAUGAAAUAAAAUGUUUGAAAUUAACAGAG